GAGGGGAGGGUGGCGGAAAGGGCGCAGGCUGGUGUGGUUACCGUUGGGCGCGGGGGAGGGUUCUUGUCGUCAUGUCGGCGGGAGGCUUGCUGGAGAAGCCGCAGAUCAUCGCGCAUACACAACACAGCCUGAGCUACACUGUCUUCGACUGCAAAUGGGUGCCCUGCAGCGCUCGCCUCCUUUGCCUGGGCAGCUUCCCGCGCGGCACCGGCGUCAUUCAGCUCUACGAGCUGCAAGGCGGCCGCCUCAACCUUCUCCGCGAAAUUGAAAAAUCGCGACCUAUUAAAUGUGGAACUUUUGGGGCUGCUUCUUUGCAACAAAGAUACUUAGCUACAGGGGAUUUUGGUGGAAAUUUAAAUAUAUGGAACUUGGAAGCUCCAGAAAUACCAGUAUACUCUGUGAAGGGUCAUAAAGAAAUCAUAAAUAGCAUUGAUGGUGUUGGUGGUUUGGGAAUUGGUGAAGGAGCCCCAGAAAUUGUGACAGGAAGUCGUGAUGGGACAGUGAAAGUCUGGGACCCAAGACAAAAAGAUAUUCCAGUUGCCAGUAUGGAACCAGCACAAGGAGAGAGUACCAGAGACUGCUGGACGGUUGCAUUUGGCAACGCAUAUAAUCAAGAAGAACGGGUUGUAUGUGCUGGCUAUGACAAUGGGGACAUCAAGUUGUUUGACCUUAGGAGUAUGACAUUACGAUGGGAGACCAACAUUAAGAAUGGGGUUUGUAGUGUUGAAUUUGACAGGAAAGAUAUAAAUAUGAAUAAAUUGGUAGCUACAUCACUUGAAGGAAAAUUUCAUGUUUUUGAUAUGAGAACUCAGCAUCCAACUAAAGGUUUUGCUUCUGUUUCAGAGAAGGCUCACAAAUCCACUGUGUGGCAAGUUCGGCACUUACCACAGAACAGGGAUAUCUUUGUGACAAGUGGAGGAGCUGGAAACCUUCAUCUCUGGAAAUAUGAGUAUCCUGCACAGCGCUCUAAGAAGGAUUCAGAAGGAACAGAAAUGGGAAUAGCGGGUUCGGUUAGCCUUUUACAGAAUGUGACAUUGUCAACACAGCCUAUUUCUAGUCUUGACUGGAGUCCUGACAAACGUGGUCUCUGUGUAUGUAGCUCAUUUGACCAGACUGUGAGAGUACUCAUAGUCACAAAAUUGAACAAAAUUUGACAGGAUUCCCAACAAAGAAACUUUCAUGUGUGCUCCUGAACAAACUUGGAAAUUUAAUGAGAUGACACAUAAUGUGAAAAUGUUUUUUUCAUCAAGUGUGGAUUUUACAUUUCUGCAAAAUGUGCCUGUGGUUUUAACAUAUUAAGACCUAUUCACUGUUUUAGAUGCAUUUAAGUCCAAACUACCUUAUAUUUAUGGCACAAUUGGUGCAAUAUAACCAAUUUUGUUUAAAUGAAUUAUUUUAAUAGAUAUUUUGAAUUGGUAAGUCCUCUAAAUACUGUUUAUUACUAUACCUUGGAUUACACUGUUUAAAAUUUGUAUAGCUGUUUUAAUAGAUUAAAGUUGUUCUUUUGUUAUUGACUACCUGUUUAAAACAUUAGUAUAUAUGUUCAAAUCAGUAAGUAUUUUAACCUUUAAAAAGAAAUGUGCUUAAAAUGUGUUGUUGUGGAAUUUUAAAUGUUAAUCAGAUUGAUUCCAUUUAAAUAGAAAGAUGUAAUUUACUUGAUACACUUAUAUAAUUCUUAAAAUGAGUGUGUCAAACAAAAAGUUGUAUUUUUGAAUUACUUAGAUAUAAUGAUUUUAGUGUGUGUGAAGCAGCAAGAGUAUAGUUAUCCUGUCCUCUAGUGGGAGAGGGGGGAUAUUACAGAAAAUGAAGCAAUAUAAACAGAGUUUGAAUGACAAGCAUUGGAACAAAAUGAAGUGUGUCAGAGAAGCUACCAGUAUGAUCGCUAAGGAUUCUCAAGAGUUUUAAUUAAGAAAUUGAUAUCAUAGUGGCUUGAAUAAUGGCUUUAUGGCUGUAUGACAUAAUGCUUUGCAUGACAAAUUGAACUGCAGGUGAUCACAGUCCUAGUGGUCUGCAUAUUUAGCCCCUAUAGAUAAAUGCUCAGCACAUUAUGUGAAAUAUAAUUAACUGGGUUAAUUGAACUAUGGUUAUAUUAAUCAUAGAUAUGCAUUACAUGAAUAUAGUGACACUGAACCACAAUUAGUCAAUCAUAUUUCAAUCAAAUGUACUGGCAAACUCAAUUUGGUUAGCUUAUGAUUCAGUGUGUCUUGUAAACCCAGCAGCAGCAGCAGCAGCAGCAGCAACAAUUUAUUAAAUUUAUAUGCUGCCUGACUCCCAGUGUCUCAUUAGAUUGAAUUGAAUGCAGCCUUUUAUAUAAUGGGUUCUGCAAUGAACAGCAGAUCCCUCUUGUACAAAAGGAUUGCGUUUGUCCGCUUAGGUGCAAAAUAUACAUCUUAAAUGAAUGUAAACUUCAGUUGCUUUCCAUUUUAUACAAAUGGCCACAUUUUUGGGUGGGGUGGGAGAAUAUGAUUGUAUUGAAGGGCUACAAAAGAGUUGAGAUUUUUCAGUUAAUGAACAAAGCUUAACUGCAUUUAAUUGUAUUUAACUAAAGGUUUAUGGCAAUGAACUCUGCUUCCUCUCCAGUAUUUCUCAUAUUAUGAGAUGGAAAGAUGAGGGUGGAAAAAUGGGAUCUAGAAUGCUUCCAUGUACACUCAUCACAAUGUAAUUUGAUUCCUUAUUGGCAAUCUAACAGAAAUGACCCUGUAAUUUAUUUAUUUUAUUUAUUUAUAAAUCAAAUUUAUAUGCUACCCAUCUCACUACAUAGGUGACUCUAGACAGUGUAAUGAAUUAUGAAUUAUUUUCCUUUCAGUUCAUGUAUCGACAGUAUAGCUAUUUACUGUAGCCUUCAAAGGCAGCAGGAAUUCAUGAGAAAUAGAGCUAUUGAGUAGUCUUUAGAAUCAGGAUGAAUUUGUUCCUAAUCCAGAUUAGGAAUCAAAUGUACUAAGUUCUUUUUUUAAAAAAGGAUAGUUGUAUAAAAUUGGAAUAUAUUGCCAGUAGCAGGCAGAAGGAAGUAAUUAAUAUGCUGCGCAUAUCUACACAUGCUACAGAGAUUACUGCUGAUUCUCCCAAUAUCACAAUGGCUAAAUGUAAGUUUUGUAUUAAACUGGCAUAAGAAAUAAAGUCCAUAUUUUGAGUGAUAUGUUUUUAAACUAAUGCCAGUUUAAUUUAAAAUAUUAAGGACAAAAGAGCAAUAUAAACUUUUGAGUUUAGAAUCUUAAAGCUAUGGUCAACAAUCCAUUUUUUCAGUGUGUUCCUUUGAAUGUAAUAGUAAGGGGAUCGGUCAAACCCCUGCCCACUUCCCCAAGAGCCAAAAUCUAUUGCCACAAGAUUUUGAUGAGACUAUCCUGGGUCCCUUUUGUUCAUGCCUACUGGCAAGACUAAAGAAGUCAGAAGUUAACAUCCUAAAACAUACAUCUGUAUGUAAAGGGACACAGGAUAAGGAAUGCUGCUCCAGAUGUAGCCAUGGAGGCUUCCAUUAAGGAGGAUGUGCUAGUGAGGCCUAGGAUGGUUGGGGUGAAGACAAGAGCCCAGUGGAGGGAGAAGUCUCUGAUACAGUUUAAUGAAGUGAGUGUAGCAGUGUAUGUAUGCAGAAAUCACAGAUCAGACCCAACACAUAGCAUCCCCAUCAGACUGGUUUAUAAGUGAAGGCUAGCAAACCAAUCCUCUUGGGCGGCGGGGGGGGGGGGAGCUGGGCUUAGAUCUCCCUCAAAGGGAGAGGCAGACCUCAUUAAACACAUCCAAAUGAAACCAGAAGAUUCAGAUGAGCAGCAAUUAGGAUCAUGGGUAGCUUCCACUCUGUUCAGGUAGCGAACAUGAGGAAAAAUGUCUCAGCAAACUGCUGCUGUCCCCUGAAAGUUUAGAAAAGCCAAUGUUCCACUUGAUUAAGACUCUUUCUGAGGACUCAAGUGCCUUUAUAACUGAGAUAGGAGUAGCUGCAGUAACAAAGAGACUCCAAAUGAAUAUAAUUUUUUUUUAAAAAAAAUCUUAGCUGUAAUGGCAAUAGAACCAAAUAUUCAGGGAAGGAGGGUCUCUUUGCUGGAUUUAUCCUCUGUUUGGAUUAAUCUGAAUUCCUGGACUGAGCAGAGAAAUAAAACUGGCCCCUUCCACCUCAGUGAUCUAUUCUAUGAGGGAUGUAUUCGGAGAUGUUAACAGGAGGGAUAAUACAGGAUGGGUGUAGAUGAGGGUGCCAGGACUCUUCUGAAAUUGGUAAUUUGUGAAUCUUAGUCCUCCAUAGAAUAAUACUGAACAGCGCUGAAUAAGACUGAAUAAAUAAGAUACUGCUAUCAGGAUCCAGAUUAAGAUGCCUUCACUGUAAAAUAAUAAUAAUGGGCAGCAAUAUACAAAUGUUUCAAAUAAAAUGAGUCAAAAAGAUUUCCUGGGGAGAAGAGCUGAUAUUCUGUGAUAUUCUGCUUAAGACUGAUUUAAUGACAAAAAGUGGAUGUGCAACACAAUAAACCUAUCUUUUG